ACUGGCUAUUCUGAUUGACGCUGCACAAGUCUUCAGGCUCGCCACGGUGUCCGCUUCGUACCACCGCAACUGGUCGCCUUUACCGACGGCCCUACUACACACAUAAUGGCCCCUAACCAAAGAUACGCCAACUAUCCCGGUGCCCGCGAGGCGCCGGCCCAGGAAAACUCGGAGACGCCAAAGGAGGAUCAGAACCCUGUCCUCCGCGGUUGGCCUCUUGUUGUGGGCUCGGCACUCGUCGCAAACUCCGGCGCGGUCCAACGCUUUUUCUGGCGCAACGCAAAGUUCGGCUCCAUCAGAGACUUGCCCGGCCUCGUCGACUACCGAUACCGCUUCCAGCCCGACGUCCUCGUCCUCUCUGAAUCCGGAACCCACCCGGACCCCUUUCCCCUGACCCCAGAACUCACCACGCCGGCGCCCCAGGAUCAGCCCUCCCGCUACCUCUCCAGCGCCGACUACCACGCCCUCUACGCCUCCGGCGCCGCGACCCCGCUCGACGUAGUUCAGUCCCUCCUCCCCCUCGUCCGUCGCGCCGAGGGCCAUCCACCUCCAGAGACGGGCCCCUAUGCCAACGCCUGGGUCGCCUCUCACGGCCGCGAGGACCUCGCCAUCGACGCCGCCCGCGCCUCCACGGAGCGCUGGCGCCGCGGGGAACCCCUGGGCCCGCUCGACGGCGUGCCCAUCGGUGUCAAGGAUGACAUUAACGUCAAGGGCUACGUCAGCCACAACGGCAUGCAGUACCGUCCCGACCUGCCGUGGUUCAAGCCCGCCGAAGAGACCAUAUGGCCCGUUCGCCAGCUCGAGGCAGCUGGUGCCAUCGUGCUGGGAAAGAACGCCAUGCAUGAGCUGGGCGGCGACACCAAUGGCUGCAACCCUCGAUGGGGAACCCCUACCAACUGGCACAACAAGUCCUACUACCCGGGCGGCUCCUCUUCCGGCGGCGGCUCCGCCCUCGGCGCGGGCAUUGUCCCCAUUUCCAUCGGCACCGACGCCGGCGGCUCCAUCCGCAUUCCCGCCUCUUUCAACUCCGCCUACGGCCUCAAGCCCUCGCACCACCGCGCCUGUACCAUGAACACCUCCGUCUGCGUCGUUGGCCCCCUCGCCGCCACCGUCGCCGACCUCACCAUCGCCUACCGCAUCAUGUCGCGCCCGAACCCGGACGACCCUAUCCAGGGCCUCUACACGCCCUCGAUCCCGCCCUCCUUGUCGCACUCUCCCCCCAAAAAGAUCAUCGCCAUCGACGAAGCCUGGUGGUCCCACGCCGAGCCCUCUGUCACCGCCGUCUGCCGCCGCGCUGUCGACCACUUCACCUCCCAGGGCUACGCCACCGUCCCCAUCCGCAUUCCCUACCUCCGCGAGAUCCAGCUCAUGCACUCGGCCACCUGCAUCACCGAGAUGCAGGAUCUCGCCCGCCACCGCCAUCCGGACCCGGAGCAGUGGCAGUCUCUCAUCAACCACGUCAACGCCAUCACCAUGUCCGUCGGCACCCAGACCCCCGCCGGCGACUACAUGAAGUACGCCCAGCUGCGCGAUCUGCUAAUGAAGCACCUGGCCUUCCUCUUUGAGCAGAACCCGGGCAUGCUCGUCGUCACUCCCACGACUCCGCUGCCGGGCUGGCCCCGCCAGCCCGGCGACGAUGCCUACGGCGUCUCGGACGCCAAUACGACCAUCGCCAACAUGAGCUACGUCUUUGUCGCCAAUGUCAGUGGCUGCCCCGCCGUCACGGCCCCCAUCGGCUACGUGGAUCCCGUCCAGGGUAAGGGCAAGGUGCCCGUCGGGUUGAUGGCCAUGGGCGAGUGGGGCUGCGAGGAGCAGCUCCUCGAAUGGGCCAAGGAGGCCGAGACGUACCUCAUCAAGGAGGGCCGCCAGAGACCCGAGGGGUGGGUGGACGUAAUCGAGGUCACCAAGAACGGCGGUCUCGAGGCCAAGAAGAACAUCUAACAUCACAACAUGAGGGAACACCGAUCUUCGCGGAUCAUGGAAAAAAGCAAAGGUGGGUCCAGAAAGAAGGAGAGGGGUAGAGAAGGCGGUGUGGGCGAAGAAGAAAGGAAGCAUCAUAAUCGUCAAGGUUCUUGUCUAUCUAUCUGGUGUACCUUGAAUAAUCGCGGCGGGGGGGGUUUUGGAUGCCCAGCCCGAAACUGGAAACCUCCCUAGCCAGUGAUCAGUCAAGAAAACGCAUCUGGAUUCGUCAUUCGUAUAGUUGGGUUCACGACAACAACAGUGCCCUUCUUUGUCGCGUCUACAUGAACUUGGACGCCAAGCCCAUGAUGCCGCUUUGCUGCUGGCCUUGGCUCUUGAAGUACAUCUUGAGUGCCAUCUCGCCCGCCUGCUGAAUGGCCGACUCCUUGCUCGUGCCGUCGGCGACCUUACCCUGCGACUGGCGCUGGUCGAAAAGCUAAAGGGGGACGUUGUGUUAGCUGUUGUC